AUGCAGCAGCAGCAACUCCACGAGCAACUCACCCUGCAAGUGGCGCAUCACGACCAGGUGCUGUACGGUCUGAAUGGUCCGAUCUCGUCGAUUACCCUCGUCGCCAACUGGACUGAGCGGAGCACUGCCAUGCUCAAGGCAGCCGUGCAACGUGUGGUAGACGCCAACCCCUUCAUUGCUGGGGCGUUGGAGGAACGUGGCGGAAGUCUUUACGUCGUCGCACGCGUGCACAAGACUUUCAUGAUGGAGAUUGAGGGGCCCGCGGACUUUGCACCGCCUGCGGCCACCAUCGACGCCGUCGCCUCCGUCCAGGCCAUCCUCGAGCAGCUCUUUGAGCCUCACUGUUUGGGAAACAUGGAUGCGCAGCGCGACUCCAAGUCGCGGCUCUUCCAAGUCAUCUUGAUGCGACUCCCGAAUGAUCACGUCGCAUACGUCGUACAGCUCUCGCACAUCCUCGGCGACGGCUACUCCUACUAUCAGUUGUUGAAAGCCAUCAACUGCGCGGUCAAUGGCGAGAAGAUGCCCUCGCUGACGUGGAAAGCGUCUCCUGAGUCGGUGCCAUUGCCGUCGGUGUGGUCUGAGGCCGAGAAGGAUCUUCUCAUGAAGCGAUGGAUGUCCGCCUAUGUGGAGAACUGCAACAGGUGGGCUCCGGGCUCUUUGGAUGCGCGCAAGGGCUCGGUACACGUCAUCGAGCCGGCAUGUGUUGCCGAUCUCAAAGCUGAGCUCAAGGCGAGCUGCACGGCCAAUGGCGUGCCGUUCCUUUCAACUAACGACCUGAUCACGGCGGGUCUCGCCGAGCUGUGCGAUCCCAAGGCGCUCCUCAUCAUGGUCGCCAACCUUCGGGAGCGUGUUCCGGAGGCGGCCAACGGCGUGGGCGGCAACUUUGAACGCUGCAUUCACCUACCCGCGGAGAAGGCUACCGAACCGACCUUUGUUCGCCGCUUGCUCCGCGACUCCAAUUGGCUCUACUUUGGCGUGGACGGUAACCCACGACUCGAUGCGGACGGGCCCAAGCAAGCGAUAUCGAGUGCCUCUCUCAGCGCGGUGACCAACUGGUCGAAUCUAACGUACAUGAUCACGCCACCAAACACGCGCGUUUGCUGCCACUGCCCCUCCGCCGCCUUUGUAACCUGCGUCGCCGGCAUCGACGUGAGUGUCAUCUUCAAGGCCGACAAAGAGGACACGCUCCUCGUCUUGUGCAAUCAUCUAGUUGGCACCCGGGGCUCACAAAUCGCCCAGCGCGUACGCGACUCCAAGAUCUUUCGCCGCCUCGUCAAAUUGCCGACGAGAGAAGAGGGCAUGCACAAGCUGGUCGGAGAAUAA